GAGAGCACUUCACUUCCAUGAAGAUGGCUCCAGGUUUUGCAUUGCUGCUUCUGUGCCAGCUCGCUUUGUAUACGGCUGUGACAUCCAAGAAAGUAUGUGGCCGUCCUCCUGUCACCGACGGGAUCGACGAGUUGACCCUGAAACUUGUGUACGAGAUCGGUGAUGAGGUGACCCUCACAUGUGCGCAGGGGUAUCUUCCAUCGACAACGACCCCUCGAAGGCUGAACUGCUCCCCCACGGGAGAGUGGACUCAGUCAGACCUGGUGUGCACCCCUAAGAUGUGCCCGAUCCCUCGUCCUCUGCAGCCGUUAGCCAUGGGGAUGACCGAAGCUCCAUUUAAGACCAUGCUCAACUUCACUUGUGAUGAUGGGUAUGUCAUGAUAGGAGCCAAUAAGAGCAGCUGUUUACAUGACGGCACCUGGAGCAACCCGCCGCCUCUCUGCAAAGCUGUGAAUUGUCCGCUGCCCCAGCCACCCAGAGAUGGAAGAGUUGUCCAUGAUAAGCCCCUUACCGGGACCACCACCAUGUACGGGCUUGGCUGGACGUACGAGUGUAACCCACCGAAGGCACCAAGUUAUGAGAGGGGGUCCUGCAUGGCUGAUGGGAGUGCGACUGAGCCACCAGUGUGCCGAGAGGUGAGCUGCUCCAGUCCCAGAGGCAUUCCUAAUGGUUUCAUGACCUUUGCCGUGAUCAGACCUCAUGGCUACAAGGAGAAGGUUAAAUACGCCUGCAAUGAGCACUAUGUUCUGGACGGUGAGGCUGAGACCUUCUGCCAAAACACAGGAAACUGGUCUGCUAAGCCAGUUUGCAGGGCGCCCUGCACGGUUAACAUCAAAAGAGGUCGUAUCUUCUACAAUGCCAGGAAGCUGUGGAUCGCAGACCUGAAACCAAACCAAGUCCUCCAUGGAGAACACGUGGCCUUCUACUGUCUGAACAAAGCCGACAGGUGUGGCUACCCUGUGGCCAGCACCUGUAACGACGGGACCCUCUCCAUCCCAGAAUGCUUUGAGGAACCCGGCAGGGUGGAAUACACAUUGAAGGCCAAAAGUCUUCCAUCAGAAAUCCAAAUGUGUGUCACUUCACCCCCUGCAAGUCCCACAAGCCCUGGAACACCUGUGUGACUCUGCAGAGAGUGACCUGAAACACCAUGUGCACCGGCAGGAUAGGAAUUAUUGGCAUCAAUAAUAAUAAAUCUGUCUAAAUGUUUUA